CAGCAAAUGCCAGAUAGAGUGAACAGUGAAAACUUGAAAGAAAACAUCAGGUAUCGAGACAGACCUAAGAGAAAUAAAGACGGCCAUAUGUUUGAGAAGAGAGAUGGAAGAAAGCGUAGUGUGCAUUUCCCAAAUCACAGGAUAUUGGAAAAGGAAUCCAUUCAGUGUGGAAAGUUCUUCAGAAAUAUAUCACAGCUCCUUGUACACCAAAGCGUACACAGAGGCGAGAAACCUUUUGAAUGCUUAGAGUGUAGAAAAAGAUUCAGUCAGAGUGGCAAUCUUCAACGGCAUAAAAGAACCCACACAGGGGAGAAACCUUUUGAAUGCUCAGAGUGUGGAAAGAAAUUCAGUCAGAGUGGCACACUUCAACUGCACCAAAGAACCCACACAGGGGAGAAACCUUUUGAAUGCUCAGACUGUGGAAGGAAAUUCAGUAGGAGUGGUAAUCUUCAACGGCAUCAGAGAACCCACUCUGUAGAGAAACCCUAUGAAUGCUCAGUGUGUGGAAAGAGAUUCAGUCAGAGUGGCACUCUUCAGCUGCACCAAAGUACCCACACAGGAGAGAAACCUUUUGAGUGCUCAGAGUGUGGAAGGAGAUUCAGGUUGAAUAACACUUUUCAAAAGCAUCUCACAACCCACACAGGGGAAAAACCUUUUGAAUGCUCAGAGUGUGGAAAGAGAUUCAGUCAGAGUGGCAAUCUUCAACAGCAUCUGACAACCCACACUGGGGAGAAACCUUUUGAAUGUUCAGAGUGUGGAAAGAGAUUCAGUCAGAGUUUCCAUCUGCAAAAGCAUCUAAGAACCCACACGGGGGAGAAACCUUUUCUAUGCUCAGUGUGUGGAAAGAAAUUCAGUCAGAGUGGCACUCUUCAACUGCACCGAAGAACCCACACAGGAGAGAAACCUUUUGAAUGCUCAGUGUGUGAAAAGAAAUUCAGUCACAAUGGCACUCUUCAACUGCACCAAAGAACCCACACAGGGGAGAAACCUUUUGAAUGCUCAUUAUGUGGAAAGAAAUUCAGUCACAGUGGCAAUCUUCAACGACAUCUAAGAACCCACACAGGGGAGAAACCUUUUGAAUGCUCAGUGUGUGGAAAAAGAUUCAGUCAGAGUGGCACUCUUCAAUUGCACGGAAGUAUCCACACAGGGGAGAAACCUUUUGAGUGCUUACAGUGUGGGAAGAGGUUUACCUGGAGAGAACAACUUCAACAGCAUCAAAUAACCCACACAGGGGAGAAACCUUUUGAAUGCUCAGACUGUGGAAAGAGAUUCUGUUGGAGUAGCGCUCUUCGAAAUCAUCAAAGAACCCACACAGGGGAGAAACCUUUUGAGUGCUCACAGUGUGAAAAGAGAUUUACCUGGAUAGACCAACUUGAACGCCAUCAAAUAACCCACACAGGGCAGAAACCUUUUGAAUGCUCAGACUGCGGAAAGAGAUUCUGUUGGAGUAGCAGUCUUCGAAAGCAUCUAAGAACCCACACAGGGAGUAACUUUUUGAAUGGUCAGAGUGUGGAAAGAGAUUCAGUCAGAGUGGCCAUUUUCAACUGCAUUAAAGAGCCCACACAAGGAGAAACCAGGUAACUGCUUAGCCCGUGAAAACAGCUUUUUUCCUAGUUCACACCUAAAAGACCACAGACCAUACAAAGCACUGAAAAGAUGUAAACUGUUGUAAAAACUUGAAUCCACACCUUAACUAGGAAGAAAUGUCAUAAAUGCUCGGGCUAUGAAAAGAGCUUUUGCCAUGUUCAAAACCUCAAAAAGAUCACAAAGGGAAGAAAGCAAGGAUGGGCAAUGUGCUCUGCUGGUUGCAGGGUCAACUGAUCUCUCCUUUAGUAUCAAGGAGUCCACCUUACGGAGGAAGCUUUUUCAGUGCUCAGAGUGUGGAAACAGAUUUAGUCAGAGUAGCAAUCUUCAACUGCAUCAAAGA